AUGGAGCUCCGGCCCUGCGACACGACGUCCGGCCGGAUACCAGGGGCGCGAUUAACCCUGGCGAAGUUGAGCGAAGAUGUCCUUCGCCUCAUAGUGCUACAUCUCGACGGCCAAGACGCACUCAACACCUCGCUCGCCUCGAAGGCUUUCUACGAUCAGACGAUCGUCCGCGUCGCUGCCACCGCCGAAUGCAGCAGUCCGGCGGAGCUCCGCGCGCUCCAUCGCUAUAUGCUAGGACACACAGAUCAUGGACAAGUUCGAGCGCAAUACCUGGAGGUCCUGACAGUGAUAGACUCCACGUUUGAGGACCGGGACCCUGACCCUGACCCCGAGCCGUUCGCUUUAUGCGACAUCGGGGCAUCUUUUUGGAACUUCUCCGAGGCGCGUCUUGUUGCCGACAUCCUUCUUGCUGCACCCCGCCUUCGUGAGCUCUCUAUCGAAGGCUUCAGUGAAAUCAUCAAAGUUGACACCCGUAUUGAAACUGCCAUCAAAUCGCUGCAGUCUCUUCGUGCUACCUGUCUCUUACGCAUCAACGACGCAUCGCUCGCAAACAUGUCUCCCUUACCGAACACCAUCAGGGAGCUUUUGUUGGCUUACGAAUCCCACUCCCGAACCGUGCCAGGACUUCCCACUCUGCUACAAGCCUUGUCGUUUCUUCCUCAUCUUCACACCCUCCGCCUGUCCACAUAUAAUAGACCCGUCACGGUCCUCGGUAGCUCAGCGUUUCCCAUCCUCCCUUCUAUUCGUCAUGUCCGCCUCCACCAAUGCCACGACCAGACCGCGGACAUGCUCAUUGCGCAAUGCCCCAACCUGGCCACCCUCGACGCCGGCUUCCUUGGAGGUGGACAGUUGACCCAUGCGCUCUCGCGGCGGACUCUGCCCUGGUCCCGCUGGACCCGUUCGCUCCGCUCGCUGACGGUCCGCCAACUCGAUGACCUGUAUCCACUCGCACACUGCGCCACGCCCUGCGACACCCUUUGCCUUUUCCUGGACGACCUCCGCGUUGGCUGCCACGGCGCCGCGCCCGCCGGCCAAUACCCACCGUGGUUCAUGGCCAUUGUCAUGUCGCAAGAUCCGUUGGCCGAUGCGAUCGACCGCAUGUUGGACCUCCUCCGCUCGACGGCGCCCGUGCGGCUCGAGCUCUGCGUGGGCGUCGGAGGCGGCGGGCUCGUGGGUGCGACGCUGUGGGCGCGCGUCGCGGAGGCGGCGCCGGGCAUCCGCUCGCUCUCGCUCACGGUCUCGCGCAUCCCUGAGGAUGGCUUCGCGCAGCGGUGGGAGGAUGGCGCGCUGAUGGACUUGCCGGCCGCGUUGUCGCCGCUGCGGCUUGAGCACCUUGCGCUGUGGGUGCCGCCGUGUGCGCAAGGCGAGGCCAGCGACGGCGCGGACGAGGAAGACGCGGGCGAUGAGCCGCACAUGGCCCCGAGCUCGCUCAGGACGCUGUGCCGGCCGCUCGUCGAUGCGUUGCCGCACCUGCGGUACCUCGCCGUCGCCGACGCGGAGUCACCCGUUCUUCCGGACGCGGACCCGUACUUUGAGGAGGCGGUUCUCUCUGCGCUCCUAUAUUGUUGGUUCCGGAUCACGGAUAGAGAGGGCGUGCGGGAGAUUGAGAAGAUAUGGGCUGAAGACGGAGAGCGGGAAGUGGCGGAGCUCUUAGGUCUGCGCGAUGUAUCAUGA